GCACAGAGGGAGCAGAGACCAUGGAGUCCCCUUCUCUGCGCUUCUGCAAAGGGCUUCUGCUCACAGCCUCCCUCUUAACCUGCUGGAAUGCACCCGCCGCUGCCGAGCUCACUAUUGAAUUAGUGCCACCCAUGGUUGUGGAAGGUGGAAACUCCGUUCUGUUUGUACAUGAAAUGCCACUGAAUGUCCAGGCGUUUUACUGGUACAAACAGAGAGAUUCGACGAAGAGCUAUGAAGUUGCACGGUACUUAACACCCACUAACGAAAGUUCCAAGAUGCCUCAGCACAGUGAUAGGAAAACCGUAUUCUACAGUGGAUCCCUGCUGAUCAGAAAUGUCACCCAGGCCGACAGUGGAGUCUACACCUUACUAACAUUCAACACAGAAAUGGAAAGCGAAUUAACACACGUACAUCUGGAAGUACGCGAGCCCGUGGCACAGCCCACCCUCCAAGCAGACAGCACCACAGUAGCAGAAGCUGGUUCUGUGACCCUCACGUGCCUCUCAGAAGACCCUGGGCUCUCCAUCCGCUGGCUCUUCAAUCACCAGAGCCUGUAUUUCAAUGACAGGAUGACUCUGUCCCAGAAAAACAGCAGACUCAGCAUAGACCCAGCCAGGAGGGAGGAUGCUGGGCAGUAUCAGUGCGAGGUCUCCAACGAGUACAGCUCUAAGAUGAGUCUCCCGCUCCAAAUGUCUGUGACUAGUGAGUGACCUUGCCUCUCUUUGUGAACCUCAGGAGGCAGGGACAGGGAAUUCUUUGUCAAUGAUACUAAAAGUGAAGAGACCAAGACAGCCAGUGUGGUGAUGGAGACCUCUCAUUCCAGGAUAAAACUCCAGUCAGCAGGAACGUGAGUUUGAACCAGCCGGGGUUACAAAGAGAGACCCAAUCUCAAAACAAAACAAAACAUAGUAUGCAAAACUACAAAGGGAUUAUAAUUAAGGGCUUAGGUUCUGAGUCAAAUAUGGCUAGUCCUCCAGAUCCACAGAAAGCUGAUUCCAGGAACCCCCAAAUUUCUGGAUGUUCUGAGUCACCUGUUGAAAACGGUGCAGUGUAUGCCUAGAGACAGACACAUCCUCCUCUCACAU